ACCGACAAAAAUCGAAAAUAUGCUCCCAGUUUCGUCGUUUUGUUGUGCGAGAAGGAGAAAAACAUGAAGAGAAUCAUCACAAAUCCGGAAUCCUCCGCCUCCGGAGCAAAGAAGCGCCGGCGAGAGAAAGAGGAGGAAGAGGUUGGUUGUGGCCACGCGGAAAAUGAAGAUGGAGGAAUAUCAUCUGAGGAUCAAUGCCUUCUUCAUCCUCUCGAGGAUGAACUUACCUUUAGCGACACUUCUGUGGCGCUUCGGAUGAUGCGAGCUCAGUUUCCUCGCAUUGACCAGGCUUUGGUCCCGCCAUUCAUAUUACAGUCUCAAUUGUACAGUAGCGUCAACGAUAGAACCCAAGUGGAUAGAGAACUUGAGUGUUUACGAAGGGAGAAAGUUGUUCGUGUAUUCAAACUCAACACUGGACAAGACGAUCAUGGGAUAAUCUUUAUGGAUGACUAUCUUAACCAGGUCGAUGGAAUAGCGAAGAGGAUGGAAGAGAAGAAACAGAGUGAUGUUGAGGUAUUCGAGUGGUUCAAAGGGCAUGUCCUUGAUUCGAAACUUGAACCCAGCAUUGGACAUGAUGAGCUAUGUUCGCUCUUGUCAUUGGCGGGAAAGGUGAAGGAUUCGCACAUCACUCUCUUAAUUAACGCAGGCCUUGUCACACGCCAACUUAUGGAUCCAAACAUGUACUGGUUCGCCAUUCCGAGUAUUGGUAAACUGUGGAAGGGUCUGUUGCAGGGAAGGAAGGAACUCCUCUCGUUGCUGAAGCGCAAGCGACAUAAAGAGAUGUUCUUGGCCGAGCUCGAAAGGAAACGACUCCGCUACUCUCCUCUGGAUAUGAGAUUUCACAUUCGAGAUCUCAUUGGCUCCGGUCACCUCAAAACUUUUUCUACUACUUCUGGUUUAGUUGUUCGGGUUUCAAGGGACUGA